AUGCUGCAAGGGAAGAUAAAAAAGUUCAAGCUCCCCAUUAAUAAUAACAUCGACAAUUUUUUAAAGGACAUAAGUUUGAAGAAAAAUGAGUAUGUGUACGGGUGUGGGGCGGAAGAUAUAGAAAAUGUGAAUCUAAAAGCCGAGUGCAUAAUUAAUUAUUUCAAUUUUAUCAACGACAGUUACAGUAAUCUGUUACUUCUGUUGUGUCAAGAGGGAUUUGACACAGUGCUGAAUUACAUACGGAUAAGUGACAAUUUAAACGAUGGAGAACAGGAGAAGAUAUUCGGCUGUCUAACUAUUUUAAUUGAAAAAAGUGUAGACGUUUUUAAAAACUAUUUUAAAUGUGUAGAAAAAUAUCACCAAAAAAAUGGGUAUUGUGAUAAUGGAGUGGAAAUGUUACAAUUUAUUGUAAACGAAAAUAAUAAUAUCAUGAAUAUGAUCAUUCAGUGCUUGGAAGAUAAUUACAAGGAGUAUUCUGUAAAUGAAAAGAGGAAAAAAAAAUUCACCUUUUUCGAGAUCCACGAAAUACUAAUCUCCUACUUUAAUGCGCUCACAUUUAUUUACUUAAAUUUGUUUAACUGUUAUUAUAACAAUAAUUUUUGUAAGCAGCAAAAUGCUGAGAUGGUUAUUGUUAAUGUUCAGAGAGGGAGGAAAAAACUGAAAAAGGACAACGAUGAAGAAACAAAUGUCCCUUUGAAAAAUAUGAAUUGUCUUUUGAACAACAUCAUUUUGUUGGUAAGCAAUAUGAAUUUUAAUAUUUUAUAUGACCAGGUAAAUAUCCCCGUGGUGGAUUUAUAUCUGCACUUUUUUCUAAAUAUCUACACAAUUAACCAGGAAAAUAACAACCUGUUUAAUAUAAGUACCUAUCAUGAUCACAUAUCGAUGAUCAUUGGGACUUUGUUGAAGAUGUACAUUAAGGAAGAGAAGGGAAAGGGCGGGGUUGGUACUCUGUCCAACAGGGGGAACAGGAACAGGGAGAGUGAUAAAAGUGGGGGGGAAAAAGGCGGUGCUACUGGGUGGCAAGAAAGAGGAAAUUUCAGCGAGGAAUUGGAUGAAGAUAAUGAGGAUGCAAAUAACGACGAUAACGGAGGUGAGAGUUGCACCGAUCAGGGUGGUAGCCCAUUGGGGGAAACGCGGAAGGACCCCCCCAAGGAAGGAGACAACAAGAGCGAAAAAUCAGUGGGAGAAAAGUCAGUGGGGGAAAAAUUCUAUUCCUUCUCCUUUACAUACAUUUUUUUAAACAGCUGCAAAAAAUGCACCAACGUAAAUAUCUGUGAUGCGUUACUAAGGGUAAAGAACACGGACAUUCCGGCAAUCAUUAUGAAGGAGUUUAUCGAUUACAUAAAGGAGAAUUCGCUCCUGUACUUAAACCUGAGCGUACAGACACAUGCACAGAAUGAAAUAUUAAAUGUGCUAAAUUUUUUGGAGUACUUAUCGAAAAACUUAAGUUUCCAUCUGUUGUCAUUUUUGAAGGACUUGACGGACAUGCUGGGUAUUGAUAUUUAUUACAUUAGAAAAUCCAUUUUUGAGAUUUUUAAAAAUUUUAUAACUUUAGCCAAGGCUAGUGAGGAAUUGAACGAGAGGGGGAGCGUCGACAGGGAUGGAUCGGAUGGGCAUGCCACGAAUGGUGGAAGGUUUAAGGUGGACAUGGACACGGGGGAGGACGACGCAGACGACGAUGAUGAAGAUGAUGAUGAAGACGAAUCGGAGGAGACAGACCAGAACGACGAUAGCAGCGACUUUUUCUCCCAAGGAAACGAUGAUGGGGGCGAAUCUUCCGAUGAGGAAUUUAAAAAAGGAAACGAAUUUAGGAAGAAGAAAGUAAACGCGAAAGGAAAAAACAAACGUGUUAGUGGGGAAAACGCGAAAAAGGGAUGCACACUUAAGCAGAAGCAACAGAAGCAGAACAAAAAGAAGAAAAAAAAAAAAAAAAAAAAAAUGAACGCAUAUUUAAGGUCAUUUCGAGUAAGCGUGAGCGAAAGCAGCAUCAGUACGUACAAGGAUAUUAUUCACAAAAUAGUUAUGGAGGACCUUCCAUUUUUACAAUUAUGCUUUAGUGAGUGUUUAAAGAAUAGGGCCUUCGUUAUGAACGUGUUGAUGUCUAGGCAGCACGAUUCGAAGCUGCAUGUGCGAUGCCACUUGUUAAAAAUUUUACAGGAAUUAGUAGAAAAUAAUUUCAUCCCCCUUAACUAUUACAAUAAUUUGUGUCUGAUAUGUAGCGAGCGGAUAAAUGAUAAAUCUCCCCUGGUGAGGCAGAGGGCCUUUUCCCUCCUUUCGUGCAUAGCGAGCGACGUGGUGAAGAAUAAGUAUGUCAUCCCGCUGAACACGGGUAGGAUAAAGAGGGAACUGGCUAACCUGAGCAGGAGGCAGGAGACGAUGAAGAGGAAGGAACUAUCCAACGGGACGGGAAGGAAAAAAGUUAAUCUGUCAGACAGUGAUAGCAGUGAUGGCAGUUAUGGCAAUAAUGGGGGAGGGUGUGACAUAACUAAUCCAGACCAAGUAAAAGGAAAAGCGAAAAAUGGUACUGACCACAAGGUUUCCACCCGAGUUAGCAACGAAGCGAACACAAAUAAGUACGACCUGUUAAUAAAAAUGUACAACGAAGUUUUAUUCAUUUCUAUUAUUGUGGAUGAUUGUGUGGAACUGUGCUUCAGAUUGUUGUAUUCCGUGGUGGAGACGGACCAGAAGAGUGCCAUCCGAUUUAUUAUACUAGCACAUAUGUGUGGAAAUAAAAAAGCAGAGGAAGAAAUGAACAAAGUAUGGUCUCUAAUUUUUAGCAACAAUUCAAGUAUAGUAGAAAUUAUUAUAAGCGAAUUUGUAAAUGUAAAUAUAACUUGUGAUGACUAUCGAAUCAGUGCUUUCCGUCUAAUUAAUGUUUGUCUUAAUAGCAAAUUGAAGGAUCUGUCAUGUUUGGAGAAGAUAAUGGAGUGUCUGUUAAUGCAGGAAAAGUCCAGCGUAAGUGUUACAAAACUGCUGGAUGAAUUAUUUAACAUAAUUUUUGUAGAUACGUUUAGUGAGAACAAAAAUUUGAUCAUUAAGGAAGGGGCCCUCCUUCUGAUGAAGAUACUUUGCUAUUCUAUCCAUACGGUAAAUUUAAAAAAAGGGAAAAAAGAACAGCACUUUGUUUUUAGUAACAAAAGGAAGCAUCUCAUUUUGGUAUUCAUCAAUCAGUACAAGGAAAAUCUGCACUUUAUAAAUUUGCUAAUUUUAAUUUUGCGGUAUAAUAAGACGAAUAAAAUUGUGCAGAAUUUACUCAUCAUUUUGUUUAACCUUGUUUUUGAUCAUAUGUCUGAUGGGAAGGGGGAGAAAAAUGGAGAAAAAAUUGCUCCUAGUGAGAUCAGUCACCAGGCCUCCUCCCUGGGGAAGAGUAAACAAAGACGCGUCAGCAUUAACAAUGUUGCAGAUAACACACACAAUGGGACGAUACCCGAACAGGUGGAUUACUUCCCCCUGCAUGAUGACAGAAAUGUGUGGUUCAAGUGUUGUCAGUCCAUUGUGGAAAGCAUGUACGAACAUUUUGAUGAUUUUCUUGCGAUUUUUGCGAUGAAGAUGAAGAGCAUGCUGAGCGCCAUCCUGCAUGGUGGGAACAAAAGUGCGAAUGAAGAUUUGGCCGACAUACGAGGGGGAGACAGCUCAGCGUGUAGACUACGCAGUAAAGGAGUGGACGAGCCUGAGGAAAGCGAAGUGCAUAAAUCCAACAAGGUGUCCUGCUUCCUGUUAACCAAAUUUAUAUUCGUAUCAGGCCAUUUAGGGUUAUAUACCUACAUAUAUGCAGAGAGGAUACAAAAUAAUUUAAAAAAAAUUGCAUCGAAAAGUGACAGUAACUAUGGAAUGUGUACGAAGGAAGAAAAGGACAGAGAAUAUUUCGACUAUGUGGUUGAAAAUAUGAUUGUAUGUAAUAAUUUAUUGGGCAAAAAAAUUAUGCCUUUAAUAUUUUUAAUUUUGAGUAACCCGGAGGGUUUUUUUAAUGACUGUGUAGUUAAGGGGGAAGUGGACGGGGGGAAGAAGUGGCCCCUUAAAAGUGGCAGUUCCGCACUGUUUGGGGACGCCGAUAAUGUGAAGGGGAAUAUCUACAUGCACUAUGAGAUGUACUUACUCGUCCUGGUUUGUCUCCUAACCCUGUGCAAGUUUUGCAUAAUUUCGCAAAAGUUUUGCCAGAGCGUCGUGAGAGAUCACGUGUCGAUUAUACAGCUGAUUGUGUCUAUCAUAACGGAGGAGGGGAACUCCAUUUUUGAGUUGAAAACGGAGAUGCUGCUGGGAAGGGGGGGUGCGCUAUCCAAUGGGGACGACACGGGGAGUGAGCACAUGCUGAGUGAUGAUACCGACGGUAGUGACGGUGGUGGUCAUGGUGGUGAUCGCGUGAACCAUUUUGUGCAGUCCUCUUCCCGAAGGGGCAGAAGGAAGAGGGAAGAAGCGAAAAAGGAAGACGACCAUUUGUGCAUCGAAAAUGGGGAAGUGGAAAGUUUUGCUACCGAAGAGGAGGGGGAUGACCCGUGGAAUAUCUUCCGAAGCAGAAUCAUGUUCCGGACCGUCUCAAACAUACGAAAAAUGCUCCUAAUCAGUUACGCCGAUUUGUUAUAUAGGCACCCAAACUUAUUGGAGCCAUACAACAAGUACAUUUUUAAAGUUCUGAAUGAUAAGGACAUAAAUUUGAGGAGGACAGCGGUCUCUGUCUUUACGCACCUUUUCAUGACGGACACGGUGAAGGCCAAAAAUAUUUUACUUGUCCAUAUGAUGUACUUAACCAUCGAUAAGGAUGAAAAAAUAUCGAGUGGGUCCAAAUCGUUCUUCUACGAAUUAGAUAGAAAGUCACAUGCAACAUUGGUGAACAACAUAUGUGAUAUGAUUUCCGUCUUGGCAAAAAAUGAAAAAAAACUCACAUACGAAAUGAAUAAAGAAAUCGAAGAAUUCCUUCUGAGUUUUAUUAAGAAGAGUAAAUAUAACGAAACGUUGGUAGAGAAAAUUUUUAAAAAAAUGAAAGAAGUCAAUAUUAACAAAACGGACGCGCUGAAACUGUACAUGCAGGUUUUUUUAAACAUACAAAUUGAUGAGAAGGUUCUGAGCAGAAUGAAUAAAUGCUUCCCUCUAAUUAGAUACAUCAUAAGGGAGAAUCAGUACAUUCAAGACAGCUUCAUUCAUAUAUGUAAAAAGGCCACGGAGAAAAAGAGGGGAAGGCCGGCAGAGGAAGGGCAACACCAACAGCAGCAAUUGAACGCGUCAAACAAUGAAAAGGGAAAUAACGAACGGGUCGAAAAUGACAAAAUGGAAAAUAAAAUGAGGGAACUGGCUGAAGAUAUCCUAGGCAAAAUCGAGUCCACCACGAAUAAAUCCAAGAACGUUUCGAACGCUCAUGGCGGGGCAGCAACUGUUGUUUUGAAGGAGUCGAGAAGUAAGGACGAUGAGGAUGUGGUUAGAAAUGACGGGGAACUGAGCAUGAGCAGAAAUGAGGAGGGUGACACGUAG